UUUUUACUUGUUCACGUUUUUACGUAAGCUAUGCCGAGGUCAUUUUUAUAUUGACUAGAUCUCACUCUUUGUAUCCUUAUUGAUAUAAUGACUUGAAUUUUUAUAAAAUUCCAAGUGUAUUACAAUCAUAUUCUUGUCAUUAAUUAUUCUAACAACGCACUUAGUUCAGCAGAGUAGAUGAACUGCUUGCAUUGAAUGAUAGCAAAGUUUUGGAACCGUAUCAUCGUGUACACAUGCAAGGCGAAGGAAUCAACCGGAUAUUAAACCUUAUGGUGACGCCUAUUGGAAAAUAUACUUUGGAUAAUUCAUGUAAUAAUGGUCAUCUAGACAAAGAUGAUGAUGAAGAUGAAAAUGAUGAUGAUGACGAUGAAAUCAGUUUAAGUUCUGAUGAUGAAAUCAAGUUAAAUAAUAAUAAUUUAGAUCGAAAAAAUUCACAAUCUGUAUGGUUUCGUGCACAAAAACGUAUUGUUGGCCGUGUUUUACAAAAUGAUCAAUCUAUUAAAUCAAUUAUUGGUAAAAGAGCAUAUGAAUCAUUGAAAUCAUUACGUACUUUAAUGAAAUUACAUAUAAAACCAGAAAAAGAUGUUAAACAAUUAUAUAAGCAUUUAAUUAAAACUAUUGGAAAAAUUGGUGUUAUAUCAAAACAACAAAAUUUAACUGAAGAAGAUUAUACUAAUAUUAAUGAAAUAAAAUAUAAAAGUCGUACAAUUGGUCUUACUAUAAUUAGUUUUGCACAAACAGAUUAUACAUAUAAUUAUAAUUUUAUUAAAGAACAAUUAGAUGAUUGUAAAGAGAUUAUAUGCCAUGCGGUUAAACCAUAUUUAAGUUUAAAAUCUAUUGAACGUAUUAAAUAUUUAUUUAAUAUAAUAAGUUCAAAAGAAUUUCUUGAUUCAGUAUAUGAUUAUUCAGCUGAAGAUACAAAAAAAGUAUAUCUACAUCAUUUAACUAAGUGUUUAACACAUUUAAUGGAACAAACUAAAUAGAAUACUGGAUUGUUGUUGUUGUUGUUGUUGAUGUUAUUGUUGUAUUUCUAUUCCGUUGAAUUAAUUGAUUUAAACAAUUAUUAUCCUGUUUUGUGAUCUCAGCCAUUAUGACACAAUGUUGUAUACAUUAACUUUUGAAUUAUAUAUAGAUAUAUAUGUAUAGGUAUAGGUGGUGAUUCAUAUGUACCUAGGGUUCUGAAUGUUUUCAGUGAUUUCUUCUUAUAUUAUUAAUAUACACAUCUAUUUCUAACUAAUUUUUAUUUUGAAAUGUGAUUAUCUCUUUUCUACUAAUAUAUUGAUGAUGAAUGAUUAUUAUUAAACUAAUACCAUGUAUGGUUAGCAACUGUGUGUAUUUUGAUGUUGCAUAGUAUAUUAAUUCUCUGAUUGUUUAUUCAUAUUUAUUAUAAUGAUGAGUAUAUAGUUCAUUCAGUCUUCCUUUGUUUAUAAUUUCAAUUUUUUUUUCUUCACUUUCUAUCGAAAGAAAACUAACGAAUGAGAAAGAAAAAAACAACUUUUAUAUAAAUUUUAAAUAAAUGAAAUUCAAAUUAUAGUUUACCUUUUGUUUUUGGCUGUCCAGUGCUUUAACCGGAUUGGUGGACACGGAAUGACCGCUAAGGGGAGUUGGAAAACUCUGAUUUCAAACCAAUGGUAUACAUGUGCCUCAGUAUUCCUGAGGGAACAGAAAGGAAUAUGAAUCAAUAGUUGGUCACCGGCUACCA